AUGGCUCAUGAAAACGUUUGGUAUUCUCACCCAAGAAACUAUGGUAAGGGAUCACGUCAAUGUCGUGUCUGUGCUUCUCGUGGAGGUAUAAUCAGAAAAUAUGCUUUAAAUAUCUGUCGUCAAUGUUUCCGUGAAAAAGCUAAUGAUAUUGGAUUCUACAAGUACCGUUAA